AUGAGCCCCAAGCAAGAGAAGGACGACACCACUGCCGCCGACGCAGCCGCAGCUCCCGCCGCCCCCGCCACCCCCGCCGACAUGGUUUUUGCGGAGCUGCGCCGGCUUUUUCUGCAGCAGCGCCAGCACCAGUGCCAGCAGAGGGAAGAGCGGUACCAGCUACAGCACCAGCCCGGUCUAGAGCGACGAGACCAGGAGCUGCUCUUAUCUACAGGAAAACGAGGGGCAGCAGCAACACCAGCAGCGUCGUCUGUAGAAACAGCUGCAGCAAGAGCAGCAGGCGGAGCAAGAGCGUUUUCUGCAGACGAAGCUGCAGAAGCUGCGACCGAAGGCGGGGGAGGUUUUGUGGAAAACGAGGAUGAGCCUGCCGGUGGAGCCUCGGCCGAAGUCGGAGGAGGCGAGGGUGGAGUCGGAGAGUCCAAGCCCAAGCAGAGGAUGCCGCCGCCGGUGGAGCCUCGGCCGCCGCCGGAGAGCACGAGGGCGGAGCCGGUCAUGCCCAAGCCGAACCAGCGGACCAGGAGGGGGAGGGCGGGGGGCUGCACGGAGGAGAGGCUAUCGCGGAGGCCCGCGGCCAGAAGCGUGGUCUACCGGAGGGCUUUUGAAGGUGGGGCCGGGACCGGAGGAGGCUCUGUGGAAAUUGGCCCCCCCCAGCCCAAGUCGGAGGGGGCGAGGGUGGGGUCGGUCAAGCCCAGCCGAGCCAACGGACCAGGAGGGGGCGGGCGGCGGGCUGCAUGCAGGAGAGGCUCCUGCGGAGGCCCAUGGUCAGAAGCGUGGUCUACCGGAGGGCUGUUGAAGGUGGGGCCGGGACCGGAGGAGGCUCUGUGGAAAUUGAGGAGGAGGCCACCGGUGGCGCCCCAGCCGAAGUCGGAGGGGGCGAGGGUGGGGUCGGUCAAGCCCAGGCCGAGGAGGGGGCGGGCGGCGGGCAGCAUGGAGGAGAGGCUUCCGCGGAGGCCCGCGGUCAGAAGCGUGCUCUACGGGAGGACUUUUGAAGGUGGGGCCGGGACCGGAGGAGACUCUGUGGAAAUUGAGGAGGAGGCCACCGGUGGCGCCCCGGCCGAAGUCGGAGGGGGCGAGGGUGGGGUCGGUCAAGCCCAGGCCGAGGAGGGGGCGGGCGGCGGGCAGCAUGGAGGAGAGGCUCCCGUUGAGGCCCGCGGUCAGAAGCGUGGCCGACGGGAGGGCUUUUGA